CAUACUACUCAUUCACCAAUAGAAGAGUCAAGACAAUUGCUCGAAUAUAUAAUUUUUCUCUUUUUUUUUCUGUUAAAUUUCUUCAUAUGUGACUUUUGGAUUCUUGAACCUCCAGCUCAGCUCCCUGAACCAAAACAGCAUCAUUCUUCCUGAUUAAGCACAAAUUGUGCUUGCCAGCAUCCACACUGGGACCUUCCUUAUGGCAGCUUCUCAGAUCAAUCCAUGGAACUUGAUUUCUGGGAUCUUAGGAGUAAUAUGCCUUUCACUGACGAUUACUACGGGAAUUUUGUUGAACAAUUUACUUACUAAACAAAGUAUUGAGCCAACAACGUCUCCAGUAAUCACAGAAAUCCAGGAAGACUGUUGUUCUUGCCAAGAAAGGUGGAUUGGGAACCAAUGCAACUGCUACUUCUUUUCUGAUGAAUUUAAAAUUUGGAAAGAAAGUCGUGAUUUCUGUGCUUCUCAUAAUUCCAGUCUACUUCAGAUUCAAGACAUAGAUGAAUUGAAUUUUAUGAGGUUCAAUAAAAACUUUUACUGGAUUGGGCUCCGUUACAGCGAAGAACAUCGUGCCUGGUUGUGGGAAAACAACUCCAGUGUCUCCGAAGAUCUAUUGCCAUUAAUUCAAAAUUUAGAUUCAAAGAAAUGUGUAGUGUAUAGCUCAGACAAAACUGCUUUUGAUGAACCCUGUGAAAAUAAAUACCGUUUUAUAUGUAAGCAACAGCUCACUUAGGUGUUUCUUGGAGUGGAAGAGGUGGGUAAUGAAGGAUCAACGGUACUAAGAAUAUGACUUUUCCUGUACUGCAGGGAUCUGAAAAAUGUUUCAAAUUAUGUCUCAUGACACAAUUUUCAUAUAUUUGAAACCCUGUGUUUUAAAAUUGCUGAAAAUCCCUAUGACCUAGCAACAAGUGUACUGUUUCAAAGGGGCACAUGCACCCCAGUGUUUAUAG